AUGAACGCCCUCUAUUCAAUAGGAUCCAACGGAUCAGGCCAGCUGGGGAUAGGCCACAAGGAGGACGUAUCGGUGCCCAAACCGGUCAUCUUCCACCCGCACCAGCAGCCCACAUGCCCCGUCACCAGGGUAUCCGCGGGCGGGAACCACACUCUUCUCCUCACGGCGUCGGGGGAGCUGUACUGGUCCGGGGACCCGUCAACCGGUGCGUGCGGGCUAGGCAAGUCCCUCAACCUGCCCGUGUUUCAAAAGGUCAUACUCUCCGUGGGCGAGGACAGCAAGCGAGACAGGAUCACCCUUGUCGCCGCAACAUGGGAGGCGUCCGUCAUCGUGACAGAAUCACGGCAGGAUCAAGACGGUGCUGAGCAGCAGCGGAAGCAGGCCGUCUACACCUUCGGCGUCGGCCUCAAGGGCGAGCUGGGCGCCGGGGAGCUCAUCGUCCGCACCCCUUCGGCCACGCGACUGGCAGACUUCCCGCCCCAGGGUACGGAGGUCGUGGACCUGCACGCCUGCAUGGGCCACGUCGUGGCCGUCCUGAGCAGCGGCGACGCCUACGCGUGGGGCAACUGCCGCAAGGGCCAGGCCGGUGCCCGACACUCCGGCGUCCUGCACGCACCGCAGAGGAUAGAAGGCGUCGGCUUCCCCGUCCGCCGGGCCGUGUGCUGCAAGGACGCGACAUGCCUGUUUGGCGAGCCCGACGGCGGCCAGCUGCUCGUCCUCGGCGGGUCGGACAAGUGGACGCUGCAGUCUGCGGCGCCGCGGUCGGUCCCCGCCUGGACUGACGUGGGCGCCAGCUGGGGGUCCAUCUACGUCCUCACCCGCGAGGGCAGGCUGCUGGCUUGGGGUCGUGACGACCACGGCCAGCUGCCCCCGCCUGACCUCCCGCCUCUCAGGAGCAUGGCGGUAGGGAGCGAGCACGUCGUCGCCCUGUCGCGCGACGGCGACGUCCUCUCAUGGGGCUGGGGCGAGCACGGCAACUGCGGUCCCAAUGUCCAGGACAAUGAUGUCAAGGGACGGUGGAAUGUCAUUGCUUCGUCCAAAUUCAUCCCCGACGGCUCCUCUAUAGCUCUCCUUUUCUUCUUCUUCCUCUUUUUUCCUUUCUACCUCUCGUAG